AAUCGUGAGACUCGCAUUGACAGCGCCGGCACUCUGCUCGAGCUCUUCCCUACUUGAGUCUUCCUCUACCGUCACUUCUCUGAGCAUGGCCAUCACGAACUUCAACACUACCACGCUUGACUUGCCUACUGCCUCUCUUAUAUGUCUAUGUGCGGUCGGUGUUGCCGGGUCUUUGGCAUGGAGGCAGCUAAGAAAGACACAGGCAUCUACAAAGGCGAACACGUCGUCCGCGCCAGGUGGUGAGAAGGAGUUCGAGUUCCCUAGGUUCGAUCCUUGUCCUGACGGUGUAGAGGACAUCAAACCUGUGCCCUAUCGUCCGUUCCGGUGGGGCGACUUCCAUGUAACCAUGGGUAUCAAGAACAUCUCUUUCGGAUCCUGGGUGGAGUUGGACAAUCAAUACGAACAAUAUCACAGAAUACGUGAUCACCGCAUCAAAAAGCUGGGUAGCCAACUCGUCAAGACUCUUCCAGCCGAUCCCGACUAUGCUGCCUCAGGCGCCGAUGCUGCCCGAGAGCUGGUGUACGAACUCUCAGAAUACCUCUCCCGACGCUAUCCCAAGACAUUCAGCGUCACGCGUCAUUCCUUGGAAAAGGGAGGCGAGGGAGGAUGGUACGGCGAAGGGAGGAUACACACGAUCACGAUUCUUCCUGUGAACACGACAUACGACUUAGAUGUUGACGAUCCCAUGACGGUUUCUGGCUUGCUGGUCCAGGAUGACUUGGCAUUGAUGAUCAAAGGCCCCAACGACAUGUACUACCUCCGUGCAGGCGCUAUCGUUACGGCUGGAUUUUGGAGGCUCGAGGACAAGAUCGGAAUGUCUCUAGAUGAGAUUCACUUCCACGGAAAUGUCCCUCAAUAUCCUCAAAAGCUUCAAACAUCGAUGAACCGCUUCUUCCUCCGUCUCCCUGUUAACAAACUUGUCCAACGAAACAACUACUUCUUCAAAAUUGUCGCCGACCCCUCCCACCCCGUCGAACCCCUCGACCCCAACGAGCUCGGCUGGGCAGAAACGACCGUCGGAAACGAACAAGAAUUCGUGGGCGGCGCAGGUCUCGGAGCGCUCAGGCUCUCAAGACCAGAUGUGGAGGAUGAUGAUUCGACCGAUGCUGCUACGGGUGAAGUGAAGGUGAACCCGGCGAUGAUGAGGCUGAGGAUGGAGAGGCAGUCGUUGAGGAGAUUGCCGAAGACGGGGGCUGUUGUGUUCACGAUUCGGACGUAUGUCGUUCCCGCUGAGGAAUUGGUCAAGGAGGUAGGAGUACCUGGGAGGGCGGCGAGUGCUAUCAGGAGUUGGCCCGAUGAUGUCGCUGGGUAUAAGACACGGGCUACCUGGCAGAAGUGGGUCUUGCCGUAUUUCGACGAGUGUCACAGAAAGCAGGUCGAACAGGGGCUGUUGAAGAGCGAGGACGAGAAGCCUGCGACAGACUACCCUUACUGAGGCAGCGAUGCUCUAUAAACUGAACUGGCUCCAGGCUUGGUCCAUACAUCACAAGUGUAGCCGUAUUUCAGAGUCGACUGAACCCAGUAAAAUGCAUUCACUUGGCCACCG